CACAGAGAAAAACAAGAGAACCAAUACAAAGAAACGAGAUAAAAAAAAAAACAAAAAAAAAACUCCCUACAAAACCAACUCAUUAAAAUAUCCAAUUCAAUAUCCGAAAACAGAGGAAACAUGUCUCUGUUUGCACCCCUGUUGUUGAACCAGAGCGACCCCUUCGACCAUUUCCGAGCCUUACUCGGUGGAAAUUCAGAAUCAUUGGAUCUCGGAGCAUACACCCAAAUGGAUUGGAAGGAAACCCUUGACGCCCAUGUGUUCGAAAUCGAUCUUCCCGGGUUCGCCAAAGAGGAUGUGAAGCUUGGAGUGAAAGAAAACAGAGUGCUCUGCAUCAAAGCAGAGAAAAAAGCAGAACAAGAAGAACAAGAAGAGAAGACAAAGCUGAAAUGGCAUUGCAGGGAGAGAAGGAGCAGUGGCGUGGUCUCUAGGGAGUUUAGGUUGCCUGAGAAUUCCAAGGUUGAUGGUGUCAGAGCUUCAAUGUGUGAUGGGGUGUUGACAGUAACAGUGCCUAAGGAUGAGAGUGAGACCCUGAAGAAGCACAAGAAGGAGGUGCAGAUUUUUGAAGAGGAUGGUGAAGGGGUUGCUCCAAAAGGAAUUGGUCGUUUUGUUUGCUGCAAAUCUUAGAAGUUUCAAUUUCAACAUUUAUCGUCCAAGAAAGUAUGUUGUUUGGUGAAGGUGUUGUGUUUCAGUUUGCAAUGUUGUUCUGGGCUUUCUCUUUGUAGCCUUUGUAAGAAAUUUAUAUGGUUUGAGAUUUUGUUUUCUUUUACAUUUUUCUUUGUAAAUUGAAUUUGUACAAUGUUGUUGUCUAGUUCUUUGUAAUUGGCCUGUGCUUCUUGAGUGGUUGAUUGAACAUUUAUGUCAAUAAAAAUGCAAUCGGUUCCUAUG